UACACAACAGUCAAGAAGUAAUCACUAAAACUGUCCAACAAAGCUUCUAGUUUCGUUUCGUGGUGGCGGGGUAGUUGGUGGGAAAGCACAUCCACCCAAGCUCGUGUUUGGUGCCUGUAUGAUACCACGGUACAGUGUAGACACCAACUGAUAUACAACUGUUGUGUCGAUUGCGUCUUCAGUCAAAACAAAGGACAAUACCUUCACGUGUGUAGUUAAAGUUGGAUCAAAGAUGACAGUGAACCUGACACAGUACUUCGACCCUGGCCUGCUGUAUGUCUUCCUUGUGUUUGUCAUAUCUGCGGCUGUAUGUGACGUUUGUGGGCCAGGACAUUAUGGGGGAAACUGUUCUAACGUCUGUCCAUCGGAGUGCAAGGACGGACUGUGUCGACCAAGUGGACUUUGUGAGGACUGCCGUGAUGGGUUUUAUGGUAUGACGUGCAGCCAGAGCUGUCCAUCAACAUGCCCCGACAACUUGUGCCACAGAUUCAACGUGUCGUGUAAGAAGGAAUGCAGCGAAGGCAUAUACGGCAAGAAAUGUGACAAGCAGUGUUCCGGGUGUCCUGGUCCUUGUCACUGGAGUACAGGGGAGUGUAUUGGGAACUCUUCAGAGAAACCAGACUUGCCUUCUGUAGAUCACCAGUCCCAAACACACACACCAACCGACCAAACCACACACUCCACAUUGACGACGGAUGCAAGGGGACAUAUCGCUGUGGUUAGGCCGAGAUGCCGUGAGGGGGAGUGUUGGAUUGAAUUUAACGGUUGGCCAGUCUGUCAUUACGGGUGUGCAGAUGGCACUCGCGGAACAGCUUGUGCCCAGACGAGGCCCAGAAAGUGUACACAAUAUGAACGUCAUGUCACGUCGUGCAUAUCGAACGUCAGUCGACUGUAUGGUGAGAGCUGCAAUUCAAUCUGCUUUGGUUUAACGGGUAGGUGUUUCAAUGAAAGCAAUUCGGAUGAAAGUCUAAAGAUUCAACAUGUGGAGGCGUGUUCCCAGAACUGCAGCAAUUACUGUCGCAAUCUGUCGGUGCAUGACACAGGCCCAUGUGUCCAGCUGUCAACAGCCUGUGUGGAUGAAUGUGUCCAUGACUAUAUAGGGGCACUUUGUGAACACAUUUGCGAUCGAGCCAAGGAGUCGGAACCAGAUACCACACCACCAAGAGGUGGUCGUCCGAAUAUCAUCAUCAUCACCAUCAUUAUCACCAUCAUCAUCGUUAUUACAGCAUCCUGUAUUCUUCUCGCAGUAAGGUGUUGGUCAAACAGACCAUCAGCAUCCUCUCCAUCUCUGCCUGCUGCCCGAGACGUUGAUGAUGUCGUCAACAUGACGGAUGAUCGUGAUGGGAAUGCAGGUGACGGACUCAGAGAGGUGGGGGACAUGGGCGCAACCUUCCUUCUCAGUGCAAGCUACCUCUCAGCAGUCCAUCGCGCCAAUCGGGAUACGGAAGAUGGAGAUUACGCCGUUCCAGACAACCACUGGAAAAUCUCUGAGAAACAUCAGCCUCCUCCCAGCACCAGUUACAUAUCCCCGGUUCACAACGCUGUAUAUUCUGAGGUAGAGGAUGGUCGGACACGGCCAAUUGAUCACCGGCAAUUGUUUGGGGAUUACCAUCCGUGUCCCGUCAAUGACAAUCAGGCCUGCGAUCUGUCUGCCAGGGGCGUUGGGUACUCAAAUCCGUAUGGUGCGCGUAACAGCACAGGGAACGCCCGGGUUCCACCUCAAGAACACUACGAGUCCCUCAAUCGUUUCCAACACAUCGACCCGAAUCGUUUGUACUCUUUCUUAGAAAUUGGUGAUGAGGAAACUAACGUCAGCACUGACACGUCAUAAAUACACUAAAGCACCGUUGUGUCGAACUUCUUUUGUCUCGAAGCAAAAGUUUGGUGACUGCGUAUAUAUUAUGUAGUCAACAUUUGGCUUUUGUUUUGAAACUCGGAUAACUCGAAGUAUAAGCGUGGGUCCCAACAACAUCGACACAACCGUAAUUGACUUAAUGUAUGCGGAUACACAAAUCAUCAUCGUUCAUAGUGCAUCUCUCUUGGUGUAUAUGCAUAUAAACAAGGGUGAAGUGCAUGUACACGCCUUAUUACUU